GUGAAAUUCAUUGUGAACGAGCACUGGUUGUAAAUUGUGCGCUUCUGAGGAUUUUCAUUUGACAAAAUCUUAAUAUUAAAUAUUAAAAAUAUGUGCGCUGCUAAAUUGAAAGAAGCGCUAAACGAUUGCCUAAUAAAUUUCGAUUGUCGUGUACUAUUAACGGAUUUGAUAAAUGAAUACCAUAUGCCAAUUGAGGAAGUGAGUAGCAUUCUAACUGACUACUUGAGUCGGCAAGAGAAAGAAGGCGUCAAAUAUGUGAAACGAUAUGUUGUGCAUGGGGCAGAAGCCGACGACUCAAAUAAAGAAAUAUUUAAAAUAGUGCAGGGCGAGUCAAAAUUAAAUGAAUGGUUAAACAAAUUAAAAGAUGCUGAAUCUGCGCUCUACUCGGUGGAGGUAGCAGGUGGCGCGAAAGCGCCGGCGGAGGACUUGAAACCGGUAGCAUGGUGCGCUAUUAAGUUGGAAAACUUGGAAGUGCGUGAAAGUAGACCUAAACAUAUAAAUGGGAAUGCAGCUAAUACGACUAAUGUUAGCGCUGCUGUUAAAGUGGACACGAAAAAAGAAACAAAAUCAGUUAAAGGCAUUGCAGGCGCUUUUGCCAAGACUGAACCGAACAUUAGCAAAACUGACGUCGUUUCUCAUGCUGGUGCAUCUACUUCAAAAAUCUCAUCGGAAGACAACAAAAAAGUCUCGCCGCAAAAUAACAAAAGUAAAAAUGAUGAAGACGUAAAGAAAAUGUCACAAAAAUCUAACGAGCAAAAGAAACUUUCGCCAAAAGACAAAAAAGCCGCAGCAGCAGCAGUAGCCAGUGGUCAAAAAGGCAUUGGUAAUUUCUUUGCGCCAAAGGGCAAAGACGCGCCUACUUCCCUCAAAAAAACAGAAACUGCAGUUGUACAUGAAAAAUCGCCAAAAAAAUUGAACGACUUCUUCAAAAAGCAAGCUGAUAAGCCCACAACUUCUAAAGAAGCACCUAAGAAGGCAGAGAAGAAAUCAAAUACUUCUAAAGAAGCAUCUAAGAAAGCAGAGGAGAAAUCAAAUACUUCCGUGCAGCUAUUCUCGGAAGAUGAAGAGGUGGAAGAUAAGAAAAUUAUAGAAAAGAAAGAGAAAAUGGUUGAAGUUUUAGUGGAGUCUUCUGACGAGGACGAAGAGUUAAAUAAGAUGAGACGUAGAGUGGAAGAGACUGAUAAGGAAGAAGCAGCAACAAGCAGUCGCAAACGCUUACGGAUCGAAGAUUCAGAGGAUGAGGAUGAAGAAGAUGAAGAUAAUAAGCAACCACAAAAGAAGCAAGAAAAAUUGGACCAAGCAGUAUCGGCAGAGGUAGAGGACUCGCCGCCAAAAUCAGAGACAUAUUUGGAUGAGGAUGGCUUUGUUAUAACCGUUAAGUCAAAAAAACCAAAUUCGAAAUCGAAAGCAACAACUUCUUCACGUCAAAAGACGCCAGCAAAAACAAGUCCAAAAGAAAGUAAACCGAAGCAAACUCCGGCGGCAGCCCCUAAGACGAAACAAGGGAAUAUAAUGAGUUUCUUUAAGAAAAAGUAGUAUUAAGUCAACAAACGGCUGAAACGAUUAUUGUGUAAUUGUAUACUUAAGACUUUAAAAACUGUUAAAUAAAAAGGGAGUUUAACAAAUGUUAA